UUCCUUCAUCCGUCAUUUUUGAGACGGUGUGCAAGCAUCUUCUGACACAGACUUUCCAGCUGAAAACGUCAAUAGCAUGGAAUUGCAUACUUUUAGGUGUUGUGAUUCAUCUUUUGAGGAGAAAAAUAAAUUCAAUGACGAUAAAAAUCAAACACUUUCAUCAGAAGAGCAGAUUGAAGCAGAAGAGUCAGUGAAAAAACAAUACACUCAUUUCAAACACAGACUGGAAAUCGACCAUGAGUGUAUUUUGCCUGUACUUGACCGAGAAAUGCAUUCAGCCUUUCUUCAGAAAGGGCUUUCCAACCUGUCAUCAUCUUAUGAGUGUUUGGAUGCCAGCAGGCCAUGGCUGUGUUACUGGAUUCUGCAUUCUCUGGAACUCUUGGAUGAGCCAUUAAGUGAUGAGACCAUAUCUCAAGUUGCAAAAUUCCUUGGAAAGUGUCAGUGUGAAACUGGAGGAUUUGCAGGUGGGCCUGGGCAGCAUGCCCACCUAGCCCCGACUUAUGCUGCUGUGAAUGCUCUGUGUAUCCUCGGGACAGAAGAAGCAUUCCAGAUUAUUGACAGGGAGAAGCUGUAUGACUUCCUGAUGAGUAUGAGGUCGACACAAGGGGCCUUCAAGAUGCACAAGGGCGGGGAAGAGGACAUCAGAGGGGCAUACUGUGCUGCAAGUGCAGCCAGACUUACUAACAUAAUGACCCCGGAAUUGUUCGAUGGAACACCAGAAUGGAUUGUCAGGUGUCAGACAUACGAGGGUGGUUUUGCGGGCUGUCCUGGGAUGGAGGCCCAUGGUGGAUAUUCAUUCUGUGGGCUCGCUGCACUUACACUCCUCAAUAAGACCAACCUCUGUGAUGUCAAAAAUGUUCUGCGUUGGACGGGCAAUCGUCAGAUGCGUUACGAGGGAGGAUUCCAGGGUCGUACGAACAAGCUGGUGGAUGGCUGUUACUCCUUUUGGCAGGGUGGAGCCUUCCCCCUCAUACACAUGAUCCUUACCAUGCACAGCACCAAGGAUGACAGCAGCCUGAGUGCAGAGAGCUGGCUGUUCCAUCAGAAGGCCCUGCAGGAGUAUGUGCUUGUUUGCUGCCAAUACCCCGGCGGGGGUCUCAUUGACAAACCUGGCAGGGCCAGGGACUACUACCAUACAUGCUACUGUCUGAGUGGACUGUCCAUAGCCCAGCAUUUCGCAGGUGGAAAACUGAGCCAUGUGCUUAAUAUAGGACAUGAAAACAAUAUAGUACGCCCCACCCACCCAGUGUACAAUGUGUGUGUAGACAAGGUUGUCCAUGCCGACAUGUUCUUCAAACAAUUGCCACCACCCAAAUCUGCUUCUAAAUCACCCAACACAUAAUACAAAACACCACUUUAAACUCUUUUUUAGCAUAAUUAUCAAUUCAUGGGCUGUUAAAAAUAUUGAACAAAAAAAGUGUUACUUUCUUGCUGGUUAUACAUGUAUUUGUCCUUUUAAAAUUGGAUUACAAUCAUGGUUGUCUGUAAUGGGAAGACAAGACAAUACUUUGUCUAUCAAUUGAUUGUAAUGUACAUUUGUGCCAGUUUUAUGAUUUAAUCAUGUAAACAGUAAAAAUGUAGCAUAUUGAAUUGGCAAGAUAAUCACAUUAAAAUGUGAAAUGAUAAACAAGCAAUGUUUAGAAAAUUGCAUUUUUGUACGCAUCUUUUGAUCCUAUAGUCUAUAUUUUGUUACAUCUAAUGUUAGCAGAUAUGUGAUUUGUAAGUGAUAUUUGUAAACUAUUUACAGUUCAUGUGUGUAAGAUUGUGCUUCAAUUGUAUUUCCUCUACUGUUUUAAACUUUUUUUAUUAAUACAGAUUUGUAAUCUCUCAUAUUCAUGUACAUUACUUUAAUCAGGAAUAAAAUAUGAAAAUUUCAA